GAGGAAGUCCAAUUCUCUCUCCUCCCUAAUCUGCUGUCAUCGCCGCCGUUUGGAUAUUAUAGGAGUUUCAGAGAGAGCUGCCAACACAAAGUCACAUACCGAGCCGCCCUCAGCAGUGCCCCCAGAUCACAAAUCGCACUCAGAAGCUAGUGACAGCAAGUGCAUGAAAGCGCCUACAGAAGCGCAAGUGCAACCAUCUGCAGUAGUGUCCAAGACCCUGCUUAGUGGCCUAAGGACUUAACUCGUCUGCUCCACCUGGAUCCAGCUCCGAACAUCCUGUAAACCAGACUUCGGAACCUAACUAUCCUGGAGUUAAAAAUACAUUGGAAGGAACUUCACUUAUGGAACUACUGCGCUGAUUCUCUGGCUGUAAAACUCUGAAGACAAACUCGAACUGAGCAGGAGUGUGCAAUAGUAGACGACUUAUUCAGGUGUGCAACUAGAAGAGUUCAAGAAUGAGCAAGCCAGCCGGAUCAACAAGCCGUAUCUUGGAUAUACCUUGCAAGGUGUGUGGGGACCGAAGUUCUGGCAAACAUUAUGGAGUGUAUGCUUGUGACGGCUGUUCCGGUUUUUUUAAACGGAGUAUCCGAAGGAACAGGACCUAUGUGUGCAAGUCUGGAAAUCAGGGAGGAUGUCCUGUGGACAAGACACACAGAAAUCAAUGUAGGGCAUGUCGGUUGAAGAAAUGUCUGGAAGUCAAUAUGAACAAAGAUGCCGUCCAACACGAAAGGGGUCCGAGAACAUCAACGAUUAGAAAGCAGGUGGCUUUAUACUUUAGAGGACACAAGGACGUGAAUGGCACGGCACCGCACUUCCCUACAGCAGCCCUACCUGCGCCUGCUUUUUUCACCACUGUCACUCAACUCGAGCCACAUGGACUGCAGGAGCUGUCAGCUGUCACUGCUACUCCCGAAAGGCAAACGCUCGCAGGAUUGGCACAACCCACACCCAAGUAUCCUCAUGAAGUCAGUGGGACACCGAUGUAUCUUUACGAAGUGGCAACUGAAUCAGUUUGUGAAUCGGCUGCGCGCCUUCUGUUCAUGAGCAUUAAAUGGGCAAAAAGUGUCCCAGCAUUUUCAACUCUGCCACUACAAGAUCAGCUGAUGCUUUUAGAAGAUGCUUGGAGGGAACUUUUUGUUCUCGGAAUAGCACAGUGGGCCAUUCCAGUUGAUUCAAACACUCUGCUGGCUGUAUCUGGAAUGACUAGUGAGAACACAGAUUCUCAGAAGCUGAGUAAAAUUAUUGCAGAAAUUCAGGCGCUGCAGGAAGUAGUGGCCAGAUUUCGGCAACUCCGAAUGGAUGCCACCGAAUUUGCUUGUCUCAAGUGUAUUGUCACUUUCAAGGCUGUCCCUACACACAGUGGAUCAGAACUGAGAACUUUCCGGAAUACUGCAGCCAUUGCAGCCCUGCAAGAUGAGGCCCAGCUCACGCUAAACAGCUACAUCCACACAAGAUAUCCAACACAACCAUGUCGUUUUGGAAAACUGUUGUUACUCUUGCCGGCUUUACGGUCAGUUAGCCCCUCCACAAUAGAGGAAUUAUUUUUCAAGAAAACUAUUGGAAAUGUUCCCAUUACAAGACUGUUGUCAGAUAUGUACAAAUCCACUGAUAUAUAAUCAACUUUAAUAUAUUAAAAUCAGAUAUUAUUACGGACAUGUAUGCUUUCAACCAUGGGAUACCUGCUUGUACUAACAAAAACUUCAAAGAAAAUCAGGGGCAAGGAUGCUCAGUUUGUGUUAAUCCCACUUCCUGUCAGAACUUUCUUCUGCAAUCUGCUGCCUAAGGGACGUGAUGAAAGGCACUUAAUUUAAUCCUUGUCUCCCUGAAAAGUGAUAGCAGGUUUAAAUAACCAAUGCUGAAUGUAUCAUUCCUUAUACAGUAGAGCACCGUUUUGUAUCAGAACAAAAUAUGAAUUCAUAUUAUUUUUCAUUCUGCAUAUUUUCUGUAAUAAAAGGUUGCUUUCAUCUUCCUAAAAUGUGAGAUGAAUCUGUAUCAUAAACUUACAGAAUACUGUGUAAUGGUGAAUAAUAAAGUAAGCAUGAAGGUCUGGCAAGUAAAGAUUUCCACACAAAGUUAUGGUGUUGCACCAGGUUCAAGCCUGCUGCAGACUAAUUGAAUUUAUGUUCUUGGAGUCCGAAGAAUGGAAAUGUUUUAGCAGGAAUGUGUGUAUCUCAACAUUAUACCGCAAACCAAAUAACAGGGGAACCAGAAGAGUACUGUCCACUGAUGUGGUGCUGAAACCAAAGGCAAUGGCACCCUGUCCUGCUGCAAGAACCAUGUGAUAUUAAUUAAACAAUGACAGAAAUUGAUGUAUGUCUGGAAAGGGAACAAGGCUAAUAAAAUGGGUCCAGUAUUGCAAGCCCCUGCUUGCAGAUUACAGGCUGAAGCUCCAUGGUGCCUUCAAACAAUUUUGGGCUCUAAUCUAAAAGACUGAUGAUCCUAGGAGACAAAUGGGAAAAAAGCUGCUGAAAUGACAUGGAGCUACCUGUUGUUCAAAUAAUGAAUAUUGACACUUAGCCAUAUUUGGGUAGCAGCAGCACUUCCACUUUUUGGCUUACUAGAUUCUAGCACUGAAAAAAAUCAGCACUUGGAUUUUCAUAGAAAAAACAUUUAUGUACAUGAAUUAACUGAUUUGUGGAUGUCACAUGUUGUACUUAUUUCCAUGACAUAGAAUAAAAAAUAUAAUAUUAA